AUGAUCUCCCAGACUCAGCUACUCUGGCUCCUCGUGCUCUGCAUUCAGGACUCCAGUGGGCAGAUUUUGCUGACUCAGACUCCAGAAUCCCUGGCAGUGUCUCUGGGAGACAGAGUCACCAUCAACUGCAAAGCCAGUACCAGCAUUGUUAGUGCUAUAGCCUGGUACCAACAGAAAACAGGACAAGCUCCUAAGCUCCUUAUCUACAAUGCUUCCACCCGUCCCUCUGGGAUCCCAGACCGGUUCAGUGGCAGUGGGUCGGGCACUGAUUUCACAUUCACAAUCAGCAGGGUUGAAGCUGAAGAUGCUGGAGAUUAUUACUGCCAACAAGGCUUCCCCCCUCUCACACAGUUUACGAACAAGCUUUUCAAACCACAGUCUGGCAAGAUGAUCUCACACACGCCCCUUCUCUGGCUGUUGGUUCUCUGGAUUCAGGACUCCUCUGGGCAAACUGUGAUGACUCAGUCCCCAGAAUCUCUGGCAGUGCCAGUGGAAGGGAAAGUCUCUAUCAACUGCAAAGCCAGUACAAGCAUUGGCAGUAAAAUAAACUGGUACCAACAGAAACCUGGACAAGCUCCCAAAAUUCUUAUCUACGCGGCUAGCAACCUCCAGUCGGGGAUCCCAGCUCGGUUCAGUGGCAGUGGGUCUGGCACUGAUUUCACAUUCACAAUCAGCAGCGUAGAAGCUGAAGACGCUGGAGAUUAUUACUGCCAGCAGGAUAGCAAUUACCCUCGCACAGUGCUACAGACCAAUACAAAAACCUCCCUGCUCUCUGCAGCGUGCAUUUCAGUUCUGAUUUCUGCAGAUAUAACUCUGAGGUUUUCAAAUGUUCUGUCAAAUGCGAAGGAAGAGGGUCACUUAUCCUAUAUCUAA